AUGGUUGUUUCUCUCUCUACAGCUGCGUUCGACAGCUUUCAGAGCGCGAUGGUGUCUACUGCUUCGAAUGACCUCUUUCGGAAUAGACUCAACAUCUGGUGGCAUUCUCCAAAUUUAUCUUAUAUCGGAUCUCGUCUCGGCAUCAACCAUACCGGUGUUGGUCAUUGGCUCGUACGAUCGCUUUUACUGGUGGAGAGGCUUGGAGGCAUUCUCACAGUGUUCAUCUUCGGAACAAUCUAUUUUGGCAGUGCCAUGCAAGGUGCUAAGCUCAUCUUCCUUGAACAAGGCCUGUAUGGGAAUGAUUGGAGUGCGUUUGGUGCGUUCGUGGCUGCGCCGUUCGGGGGCCUACUGUGGGGUUUUGCUGCUUUGGCAGUGAGACUCACGUAUCAGUUUACCAAUGCCAAACUCAAGGGCGAGAGAUGUGAUGCUUUGGAUCGACCCACAUAUCUGGAUAAUCGAAUUCAGGAAGGUCCCGAAUACGCUGAUGCCGAUGAAAUUCAUAGCGAUCCUCAAGAAGGUCUGGUCACGGUGGAUCACAAGGGAAGGUUCUUCUGA